AAGGUUUUCUUUCUUUCUGACUGUGGCUCUUUAUCAAAUAUACAACAGGUGAAAAAGUCUGAGAGAGAUUUUGUGCUAUAAUUAUUAACUGAUUAAAUAAAUAUUUAAAGUGUUAAGUAAUGGAUAUUGCAUUUCAAUUCAGCGGUCAAAUAUAGGAAUAUGAAAUUAUGUAUGUCUUUGUAACACAGGUGCAGUGCUUUCCUUUCCUACAUUUAACAUUACAUUUUGAAAUAUGCACAUAGAUAAUUUAGUGUGUGAGACUGCAAAUUAUCUGAAGUGUAACAACCUGAGAGAUUAUUAUUCCUUAUACCACGGGUCUGUUGAAUGCUGAUUGGCUGAGAAAUGUUCCGUGGGUAUGCAUUAAUUUCAGAUAACUGCACACCUAACUUGUCAAAUGUCUUAAAUAUAGGCACCAGAGCAAUGUUUGUGGUAACCGUGGUAUAAAAGGAAUAAUUGACUCCGGUUCUUUGAAUUAUUUGAAAAUAAUGCACACCCGCGGUGUGCAUUAUUUUCUUAUAAUUCAAUGGCCCGUCGUCAAUUAUUCCUUACAAAACAACUGGAAGCAUCUAUGUGAGCAUGUGCAAUGUUUCUAAAUCAGGAGUGAGAAAGGCCGAGUGAUCUUGAGAAAGUCAAGGGUGUUCUCUUUCCUAUGAUGUUUAAUUCAUUUCAACGAGACGGUUCAUGUAUAGGAUGUUGAUGUAUAGGCUCAUGUCCAUGAAUCUGCUGUGACAAUUUUUUUAUGAUUUCAAAUGACCUAACCAAAAAAGUAUAAUCCAAAAUAUGUAGCAUUUUAUGAAUGUUUGUAACCAAAAUGAUCAGAGGCCCCAUUGACUUCCAUAGGAGGUUAAAUGCAUACUAUGGAAGUCAAUGGGGCCUUUGAUCGGUUUGGUUCAAAAUAUUACUUAAAAUAUCUUCCUUCGUGUUCAUCAGAGGAAAUAAAUGUAUACAUGUUUCUAACAACAUGAGAGUGAGUAAAUGAUGACAGAAUUUUCAUUUUUUUGGUGAACUAUUUCUUUAAUGUAUAAACAUUUAUGACUGUCAAUGCUUCCUUUUACAAAUAUAAGCACUAUAUGGUGAAUUCAAGUACAUUGGGACACUUUUUGUGUCUCAGUAUACCUGAAUAUUGCUCAUAAAGUUAUUUAAGGGGUUCUGUGUGGCAUCGAGUAUCUUUUUUUAUAAACAUGUAAUAUAUUGGUUAUGCCAAAUUUGUUUGUCAGAUUUCACCCAACCUGGUACUUGUUAACAAUCCAAUCCACAUCAGUAUACAGCCCUUAACUUUGUAAAAAAAAAACAUGACACAGAGGAAGAACGAAAGGUAAGGAGAGAAAGGUAUCGGAUGUAUAGUGUGUCACCCGAAUGUAAGAAGGCCACCAAAAGACAUGUUAUACUUCAGUCCAUCUUCAUCCGGCUGGACCAAACACAAUCUUUCUGUUUGCUAAGAGAGAAGCAGAGACUAAUGAGAACUGUUAGAUUCUACCGGAGGACAUCAAAUUUUGAAAUAUAAAAAAAUGUGGCAGAGGUUUGAAUAUAUUUCUAUGGAUUUUUGAAAAGGAUGCUGAUGUACUGCUGAAAACUUCACGAAAACACUUUGAGUUGCAGAAUAAAAUUCUUAGAAGUACAACUGUCAUUGUUCUGAGGAAACUUCAAAUAGGCCCAUAUUGGGAGGGGUAAAACAGGUGUUGUCUUACUGUGUGUGAGAGAGAGACAAAGAAGAGGAAGAGAGCCGUGCUAUUGUUGCAGCGAUGUUCAUGAUUAUUCGAGAAGGAUCGGCAGGUGUGCAAGGUAGCCCAGGAAUGACCGCUCCACAGGAGAGAACAGCAAAACAGGUCCAGGCUGCGAUUAAGAAGAAGGUGGAGAAGCAGAGGAAACAAGUUGAAAUGGGUGUGGUGGAGGCAUUCACCAGUAAUACAAAAGCUAAAACGGGAAAGAAAAGAAAUAAGGCCGUUCAAGCUCUCAAUAGUGCUAAAGAUGAUGAGAAAGGAGAUGAAGAGGCACCUGGUGAGACUGGGGAAUCGAAGAAGAAUGAGGAAAUGGAUCUUGAAGAAAUUGUCCAAUCUGUUUUCGGCCAAGACCGAGAACUGCGUCCAGAAGAAAUCGAAGAACUAAGAGAAGCCUUUAAAGAGUUUGAUAGGAAUAAAGGAUACAUACACUGCACGGACCUGGGCGAAUGCAUGCGAAAUAUGGGAUACAUGCCGACAGAGAUGGAACUCAUUGAACUGAGUCAACAAAUCAGUGGAGGUAAAAUUGACUUUGAAGACUUUGUAGAGCUUAUGGGUCCAAAAAUGCUGGCAGAGACAGCAGACAUGAUCGGAGUCAAAGAGCUAAGAGAUGCUUUUAAAGAGUUUGACUCUAAUGGCGAUGGGCAAAUCAGUAUCAUGGAGUUAAGAGAAGCCAUGAAAAAGCUGAUGGGAGAACAGCUGAAUUCCAGAGACAUUGAAGACAUUCUCCGUGACGCCGACCUCAAUGGUGAUGGACAGGUUGAUUUUGAAGAGUUUGUGAGGAUGAUGUCACGCUGAUCCAAGCCACAAGGAAAUUUCACACAAGACUUUAAUUUCAUUAUGAGACUUAAUUAAGUGCAAAAAUGGCCGCUACACUGUAAAAAAUACUUUGCUGCCUUAAAUUUUUUUGUUGAAUUAACUCGAAUUUACAAGUCAUUUCAACUUACCAUUAUUUAUCUUGACUAGAGAUUAGUUGUCAUAACUACAGGUGAGUUGUUAUAACUUAUAAAAUUAAGUUGACUUUUCUCAACUAUAUUUUAUAAGUUGUGACAACUCAUCUCUGUUGACAUGACUUGUAAAUCUAAGUUGACUUAACAAAAAAAUUUAAGGCAGCAAAGUAUUUUUUACAGUGUAUAGACUAUUUCUUAAAGUAAAUUCCUUUUUUCCAUUUCAUAUUAUAAAUGAAAAUUUUGAUUUUACUGUACAAUAUGUAUUAAGCAAUAUUUAAACAAAAAGAACAGAAAGUGUCUUUUCUGAAAAUAUUAUAUUAAUUAUUAUUUAAAUGUAAUUUAUGCAGAGUUGCAUUUGUCUGAUUAUGAACUGUGUGUCACUCAAUUUAGUGUUUCAUUUUUUUUUUUAAAUAAAAUUGUUUGGUUAA